GGGGGGAAACAACCAAAGCUGUGUCACCAAGAAGGGGGGAAAAUCAAAACAGAAAUCAUGUACGUGACAAGACCUCUUUCAAUGUACAUAAACCAACCUUCUGCACUAUCAUUGCCUCCACCAGAAGGUCCAAAUUCUGGGAUUCUGGUUCUGCAAGAUGAAGAAGCCGACCUUACUUGUUGUUUUGGCUUGUGUAAAAGCAAUCAAGUUCUGGACCUUCCUUUCCCACAGAACAAGGACUUAACUCUUCGUUAUUCAUCUGGUGGUUCAAAUAAACACGGUGAUCACUUUUAUGCUUCUUUCGUACCUGUUCUCAAUCUGCCCUUGUCGUCCAACAGAUAUUAUCUGAUGAAGACACAUGGGAGACAUAAAGGGGAAGCUUUAACAAAUUCAAGUGAGGAAGACAUGACAAGCUGCUGCUUCUGCAACAUUGUAAGUGAUGUGCCACCACAACCUUUAGAUCACAACAACACACACCAGCAAUUUGAAGUCGUGAGGGUUGAAGGACUAUUCAAUCAAUGGGGUCAAUUUACAGCAAGAUCAGUAGCACCAGAUGGAGUGCCACCACGCUUUUUAGAAAGCAAAGGGUGGAGGGCUUACACUUCAACCCGGCAAAAUUUCAAUUUGGGCGAAGCACCGGGGCAAAACCCUUCCCUACGAGCUCGCCUUCCUGGUUUUGACUUCCCAUUAUCUCGCAAGAGUUCUGAUGCUGUUGUUGUGGGAAAAUGGUACUGUCCUUUCAUGUUCAUAAGAGAAGGAAGACUGAAAGAUCAAGUUAGGAACUCAGCUUAUUAUGCAAUGACCCUUGAACAAAACUGGGAACAGAUUUUUGAAUGUGACAGUACUUAUUACGCAGAAGGCAAUAAUAACUCUGUAGCUGUGGAUGUUAGUGUUCAAACAAUGAGGCUUUCAGUAAGUGGAAAUGAGGCUCAAGUUGAAGAUGUGGCUAAUGGGAUAAUGUGGUUCACAAGCCAUGGCAAUGGAGAGAAUGAGGCUAGUAGAGUUGGACUGAGCAUGGCAAUAGUUGAGAGAAUGAGAUGGGAACAAGAGAGAGCUGGUUAUGUUUGGGGGAAUGAAAGACAUGUGAGAGUGAAGAAGGUGGAUGAACUUGGAGGGACUGAUCAUGGGUGGAACAAAUAUGGAUGUUAUGUUUUGGUUGAGAGGUUUGUACUCAGAAGAAUGGAUGGAAGCUUGGUGUUAAGCUGGGAAUUCAAGCACAUACAUCAUGUCAGAAGCAAGUGGGAUUGAGUGGCUCUGUUAUUCUUUAAUCUUUAGAAGUUUCUCAGCUUCAUUUCUUAGGAAGAAUUCUUUCAUUUGUUUGGCUGCUUUGUAAGUAACAUUAAGAAAAACAAUACUGAACACAAGUAUUUUGGAUGCUUAUCUUUUGCGGAUCAGACCUACCUGUGGAGUGUGAAUCUUUCAUAUUGUCAAGUUUAGUCUUCCAAACAAUUUGACAUUGAUGAUACUGUAUUAUAUUGUAGUUUGUAAUUUAUCAAGCAGGGUAAUAUAAUAUUUACUAGUU